AACGCAAAGCUUGAAAAUAAGGUAUCGUUGCUCUUUCAAAAUCCUCUUUUCACCGUUUCUCUCAGCUCCGAAACCCUAACCCUAGAGUCCGGAAGCCUCUGUUAUGGCGUACCAGGCCCCCGAUAAUGAACUGGACACCGAUUCCAAGAAAGAAAUCCGCCUCUACAACCCAUACAAGGACCUCGGGAUUCCAAAUCAAAACCUCUACCAUCUCCCAUCUUCGCCGGAGUACCUCUUCAUCGAGGAGGCUGAACGUAAGCGUCGAUCCUGGGGUGAGAACCUCACCUUCUACACUGGCUGCGGUUACCUCGGUGGCGCCGUCGGCGGCGGCGCUAGAGGCCUAGUAGACGGCGUCAAAUCCUUCGAGGCUGGCGACACGCUCAAGCUCCGGAUCAACCGUAUUCUGAACUCUUCCGGCCACACUGGACGUACUUGGGGGAACCGUCUCGGCAUCAUAGGGUUGCUCUAUUCCGGGAUUGAGAGCGCAAUGAUGGAGACGAGAGACACCGACGACGUGUGGAACAGCGUGGUGGCGGGACUCAGCACCGGAGCGCUGUAUAGGAUUUCGGGAGGCGUGAGAUCUGCAGCCGUGGCCGGCGCAGUUGGAGUAGUGGUGGCCGGAACUGUCGUGACGGUUAAGCAGGCUUUCAAACGCUACGCACAUCUUGCGUGAGCCUUUAAAUUUUUUAUCUUUAUUUCAUUUUGGGUUGCUUCUAUCAAUUUUGAGCGGUUAAUUAUUGAGAUAUAUUCAUAUUUAAAAAAAAAACAUAGAUGAUUACAGCAAAAUGUGAGCUGCAGCGGAGUUGCUGUUGAAAGACUGAUAUUCUGAGUUUAAUUUUUUUCAGCUUGAUUAAUAGCUAAGGCUAACCAUAUAAUUUGUCGAAUCAUCUCUAAUGAAUAAUAUGGACGGCUGUAGAACUGGAUUUUAUAUA